ACAUUUAUAGACAAUGGAAUAAUCGCCGCUACCAAUACCUACGCCAAUGACACAUACUAUAUAUAUGUGUCUGAGUGUAUACAAUUUUUAUGGGUGCAUCAGCUUGUUCCUGAGCAUGCACCAAACCACUAUGUGGUAAGGACGAGGGGUCAAUAUUAUUUAUUAGCCCCAAUUUUUUUGUUGAAAUUCCCAUGAGAGACAUUCGAUUCAUGCAGAUAUUCGAGUCAAAGACGUCUAUUUUCAGAACAAACACUUCCAGUCACAACCACAAUCACCCGUUGUCUUCUAAACAAUGUGUUUAAUGGUUGAGACGAACGUCGGACAAUGGCCCUUUGAUUCUUUGCAGAAAAAUCACAAAGAGUCGCAGCUGCCUUCAAGUUCGAUUCAUUUCUUUUAUAGCCACCAAGUUUUCCUUUUGUCCUUUUCCCAUCUCCCAUUUCCUUAUAUAAUGGCCGUUUCCUGUUCUGCGCCUCCACAAAAUUCCUUGCGAAAGAAAACAAGAAUCACAAACGUCACUUUCCAUACCAAACCCCACAUAUCUCAAUUGAGAAAACAUGGAAAAAAUGUCAUCAAAAUUAACAAAUCAUAGUGCCUCAUAUGGGAGUGGUAGGACCGAACCUGGUCCUGGCUCGGCUACACAGUUGGCCAGAGACUAUCUUCGAGAAAGAUUGUAUGGAAAUUCCAAACAAGGAUUCAUCGAUAUGAAGCCAUAUCCCUCACAAAUCGUACAGGUAGGGUCAAAACGAAGGUUCAGGACUCAUAAAAAUCCCCUGCGGAAUGACCUGUGGCCAGGAGUCAUCGAAGCAGAGAAGCAGGCUGAGAAGGAACGAGGUAGAAGACGGCAUAAGCGAAAACGAAGGCCAUCUGACUUGACUCUGCCACCCAGCAAUACCAUAUUUCAAAGCCCGUCAGGCAAAGUCCCAGGCGGCCCACAAGAGUCCUCGGCCUCGAGGUUGCGUUGCGAUGGUAGUUUCGGCUACGAGAACCACCUAGGAGCAGAGCACGACUCCUCCAGAAGAUAUUCAUUAUAUCGAAAUGGGGAUGAGCCUUCUGUCGCAGACGUGCGCGAAAAGCGCGCGGCAAUCGUAUUGGGCGAGUUGGAACGCGUCAUACCCCCAUCUAAGUUUGCGUUGAGAGACCUCAGGGCAGCAGCAAGACCGCAUGCCCUCACUUGGGCCACCCUUUCUGGGCCCGUCGACACCUCCUUCCCCAACCCCCCCGAGAUCUCUCCUCCGAAUUCCUCCUCUUCUGUAUCCCCACAACACAAAUACACAUCCACACCACCCUCUUCUUACAGCAGCGCAAACCGCCUUGCAGUACCCCAUGCCCCUGCGCUCUCAAACCUUCCAAAUUCGGCCGACGUCUCCCAGAGUGGGCACCGCCGUUCCGCCCUCUCAAGCCUAGCCUUCUCCGCCGAUCUCCUAGAUUCGACAAGGAGAACCAUUACCUCCGCCAUCCGCCGCAGCGCUGAGAAGACAGUCCAUAGCUUUUCCCAUCGCAGCAAUGAUGCCAAUUACCCCGACGAUGAUGAGGAAAGCUUCUACUGCAUCGGAGAGCCUCUUCUACCAGCCUUCCAUCUCACAGAAACAAUUCCAAGUCCAGUUUCUAGUUUCACGUCCUCGAUACACAGUUCCGACCUCAGCCUCGAUUCCUCCGGGGUUACGAGAGGAAGACGGCUAUACCCGGAGAAUAGGGGUGUAUGGAUGGAUGCAGAGACCGAGUGCAGGUUAUGCAAGAGGAAGUUCCCAGCAGGGCCGAGAGGGCUAUGUUCAAGUUGCGAAGAAGAAUUCAAGAGGCCUAUCACGAGUGCAACAAAAUCCAGGAAGCUAGGGAGUAUAUUUGGUCAAGAUCCCGGCCUGGCACCGACGAUUCCGCUGCCGAAAAUACCAACCACGGACGCGAAGGCGCAUACUGGUGACAGUGCCACUGGGCUACGACUUCCAUCCGUGGAGCACCGUGCGAAAGUAGUCGAGUCGCCAGGAUAUGCGAGUCAGGAGGCCGAGGUGCAGAGCGUGUUACAAACCGCGAUGUCUCUCCGCACCAAAAACCGCCUCUUGAGGAGAAAAAAUCUAGAAUCGAUGUCGAGGGAACAGGAUGACGAGUGGAACCCCCCCUGUCUGCGCGUGGCAUACAAUAACACGGCGGAAACCGCGCUUUCUGACAAGGUUGCACGGGAAGAGAAGCCAAAGGAAACCGUACCGACGAUCGAGGGUGGCGAGCACUUAGCGGGGAGAGAAAGACGGGGGUCAUUGAUUAGGGGAUCCCAUAACAGAAGGCGGCCGAAUUCGCGUGGAGAGGAAGCCAAACACGAUCAAGGGAUAGUGAGGAGGGAUACGUCCUUCUAUAGCUUUUAUGAUGAGAUUUUAAAAGAUGCGAAAGAGAGGCCUGCGAGGAGGCGGGAUGAUGGACGUGGUUGAG